AUGCCCACGGAUGAGCUCCAGCUCAGUACUGGUAACACGGGCCUCGCCUGCCGGGUGGAGAUCUUCGCCUGCGGCCAUCGGCGCCGGCGCGGCCUCCCUGAAUUACUGGGAGGCUCAAAGCUGCUUCGUGAGUCGCUGGGGGCUGGGGUCGCGCUGCCCAGCGGAGACCCGGGAGAGGCCUCCGCUCCCCUGCUCCGGACGGGCAGGAGGAGAGGCUCGUCCGGGGCGCGAGGGGCUGCGCUGCUCGUCAACGCCUGCGUAGACGUGGUUCUGUCUGGUGUGAAGUUGUUAGAGGCGCUCGGUCUUGAACCUGGGGAUGGAAAAAAUCAUGCAGUCUUGAACUCCAGACAGGACCUGAAAGAAGCAUUCGCUUACUUCAUGGAAAAAGGGGCAGCUGCCGAGCGCUUCUUCAGCGACGCCGAGUCUUUCCAUCACAUUGCACAAACAGCCUCUGAGUACCCUGGUGCACAGCUUUACGUAGGAGGAAAUGCUGCUCUCAUUGGUCAGAAGCUUGCAACAAAUCCAGACCUGAAGAUCCUCCUUUGUGGCCCAGUUGGUCCUAAACUCCAUGAACUACUUGAUGACAAUGUGGUUGUGCCAGCUGAAUCCAUGCAGGAAAGAGAUGAAUUCCAUCUUAUCUUGGAGUAUCAAGCAGGUGAAGAGUGGGGACAAGUGAGAGCACCCAAUGCCAACCGCUUCAUCUUCUCCCAUGACCUAUCAAAUGGCGCCUUAAAUAUGCUGGAAGUGUUUGUGUCCAGCUUGGAUGAAUUUCAGCCAGACCUCGUGGUCCUUUCAGGACUUCACAUGAUGGAAGGCCAGAGCAAGGAGAUGCGGCAGAGACGACUUAUGGAGGCCGUGGCCUCCAUCUCUGAUAUCCCUACUGACAUUCCCAUACACUUGGAGUUGGCCAGUAUGACUGAUCAGGAUUUCAUGAGCAACAUUAUGCAUCAGGUCUUUCCCCUGGUGAACUCCAUUGGGCUGAACGAGCAGGAGCUGCUGUUCCUCACGCAGUCUGCCUCUGGUCCGCACGCCUCCCUUGCUUCCUGGAGCGGAGUUCCCGAUGUGGGUGUAGUCAGCGACAUCCUCUUCUGGAUCCUGAAGGAGCAUGGGAAGACAGCGGACCAGGCCUCUGAUCUCACGCGCAUCCACUUCCACACCCUGGCCUAUCAUAUCCUUGUCACAGUGGAUGGCUACUGGGGCAACCAGGUUGCUGCUGUGGCUGCCGGAGCUAGAGCAGCAGGAACUCAGGCCUGUGCGACUGAAACCAUUGAUACCAGCAAAGUCUUUCUUAAAGCUCCUUUGGAGUUUGUGACCUCCCAGGUAGAGGCACAUUCCAAAAUCUCUUUAAAUCCAGAUGAGCCAGUAGUGCAUUGGCACAGAGAAGGCAUCUCAUUCCAUUUCACUCCCGUUUUGGUGUGUAAAGAUCCUGUCCGGACCGUGGGACUUGGGGAUGCGAUUUCAGCUGAAGGACUGCUAUACUCAGAAGCAUAUCCUCAAUAGAAGACUAAGACCCUCCUUUUUCUCCAAUACUGUACAGUGUCUGAGGAACCACGGUGUUUCUGUUAUUAUUUCAGCCAGUGAUGGUAUAGGAACAGAAUCAGGGUGUGGUGUGUUUUCUGGAUAUAACUGAAAAAGAGCCAAAGAAUAAUUCCAGGUAUAAACAGUCAGAUACAUUCCAGUCACUUGGCAGUGACUCGAACACUUCACAUUUAGGUGCAGAUGUUUUAGUAUUUAAUGUGAAAAUUGGCUUUGCUUUGUCUUAAGCAUGUGGGGAGGGAGACGAAUAUCAAAAUCCCUGUUUGGCCUAGGUUUGCUGUUUGUAACUCUGAAUGGGUCUUGUCUGUUAGUGCUGGAAGGUACGGCAGUCAGGAGAAUUUUCUGCGUGUGGAUCCCA